ACACGAGGAGGUAUUAAAAAAAAGUAUCCAAGGAAGGUAUUGAAGGAAAGUAUUGGGCCUGGAACAGGGUGAGGGCCGGGAACAUGCACCGGUUACCACUUCUAGUUAUAUUUCAAGUUUAAUUUUAUUUUUAUACUCUAUUUUUCUUUUCACCAUGAUUCAUCUCCACAUAAUUAUACGUCAAUGUCGAUAAUAUAUGACGACAACAAGGGAUAUUGCAUAGACAACAACGUCGAUGAUCCAACCAAUAGUCAGUCAACUAUAAUAUCCAACGGAUUCGAUCAAUUACCAUGGGACGACUACCUUCCUGAAAAGUCCCAAGAACCCGAGCCCGAACCACAAGUGGAAUCACCUAAAAAGAAACUCAGUAAACUGGAAAAGAAAGCAGUACGUCAAACCAAAAAGAUUAACGCUGCCCGGAAACGACAUGCACAACGACAACAAGAGUUGAGCAAUGGAAAUAUUGCUCAAGAUAUACCCUUCAAACCAUACUUGGCUAAGUCCGAGAUAAAAUCAAUAUUUUCAAAGCUUACAAAACUGAACCAGCUGGACUUUAAAUUGUUUCAAUAUCAUUCAAUUGCGUUAUAUAAAUCGGAUAUAGAACACAUCCUCCCAGGGGAAUGGCUCAAUGAUAACGAUAUAUCGUUGAUAUAUGAACUCAUCCAGCAAAUCUUUAUUAAAUCGGGCCAUCGUCAGUUUAGUUACCAAAUACAAUUGCUAUUCCCGUCAUUAGUACAAUUGUUCUUACAUUUUCCCAUAAAUGACGAAAUUGAAGCCAUAUUACCUGUGGAUGAAUUGAAAAAACUGAAAUUUAUCUUUAUUCCUAUAAAUCUAAUUGACGAUUACGAUACCGUUGAUUUAGAAGGAGCAAAUGUUGGUGAUCAUUGGGCAUUGACCAUGCUUUCAUUACUUGAGAAUAGGUUGUACGUUUAUGAUUCAAUGACUACUGAAGCAGAUGACUACCAAUUAUUAACUCAAUUAUGUAAACGGUUACAAUCAUGCAAAAGUAUAGUCACGAGCAAUAAACCCAUCCAGAUAGUUCAUUUAAAAUGUGACCAACAAGACAAUUUCGAUGAUUGUGGUGUCUAUGUCAUCAUGAUAACCUGCUACCUCAUAAAUCAAUUGCUCUAUCAAGAACACAUCAGUUUGGAUUUAAGCAAAGUUAGAUUCAACCCAUUAGACGCUCGACUAUAUAUUAUGAAGCUUAUAUCCAGAUUAGCUAACACUUUAUAGACCUAACUAAAGAACUUUUCAAUCAAGAUUGAUGUCAUCAUGCUUGAUAAUGUCAUUCCCUUUACUUCAUUAUUCAAUUCUUCAAUAUCUUCUUGUAAUUCAACGGAUUCUGCAGUCUUAUUUGGACUAGUGUGAAUAAACAAUUCACUAGAAGCCAAAUAUUGAAUUCCACCGUUGCCCAAUCCUAACGCAGAAAUAAGCACAAUCAAGUUAUUAGAUACUUGAUUGACAACCUCACUAUCGGCUAAAUCAUACCCCAACAAUUCAAUUACUCUUGUUCGAGUAAUUUGCUUAGUUACUGACAUUAUAACUAGAAAAUUCUUGAAAUCAAUGAUUUUCCACAUAUACUCAAUAAAUGUGUGUGUCGGGGAAUAUUUACUUGCAGCUCCAGUUGGCAAACUAUUUUCCAAAUAGGCGUACAAUCUAUCAAGAAACAACUGAUCAUGCAAUGUAGUUUGAACGGUAAAUAAGUCCCGUCUUGACAAUGGAAUUAACACUUGGUUAUAAAACAAAAAUUCCAAACUUGACUCAUUUUCAUUGAACAAGUCAAUAAUUAUAUCAUCGUUCAUAAAUGAAAGUGAACAAGCUGGCUUUAAAAAUAUAGAAACAAUACCAAACAUUAGCAACAAAUUCGAUUUCAAAAUUGAAUCUCCCUUAAUAAGAAAUUGCAAUGGAUUUAAUCCAGACACUUGUAUUUUGCUUUCAUAAUUCAAAAACAAGGAAUAAAAUUCAUCAUAAAAUUCAAUAAAUUUGAAUUGUUUAAACAACAUUGCCAUAUACAACAUUUUAAUCAUCCAGUAAUAAUGCAAUUCAUCGUAGUUUCCUUCAUUCUGUCUGGUACUAAACACGGCUUCAUUCUUAGAGUAAUAUGUUGAAAUUUUCUUAUAAAUAGUCUCCAAAGGUUUAAAUGAACUUGAAGAUAUAACCUUAUCUAAACUACUAUUGCCAGUCUGUUCAUCCACUGGGAACCAAAUUGUUUGGAAUACAUUAGCAGAAUAUUGCAAGAAUAAAUACUCCACAUAUCGAUUAUUCUUCAAUUCAUCCGCAGAUUUAGGCUGGGUCAGGAAUUGAACCACCGUAGCAUAGCUAUUCAAGAAAUAAUGGGCCUCUGAGUAUUUUCUCUCAAUCAAUAAUAUAAUAACACACUUUUUUAUGAAAUCAAACAAUUCGUGACAUUCUUCAGGAUUCAUGGAAUCCACGGACUCCUUAUGAAUGUUGGAACUUUUAUCCUUACCCACUGUCAAAACUUCCUCGCUUUGACGUUCCACUUCUCGUGCCCAGACCGCACUAUAUUUUGAUUUAACGCCAAAGUAUUUUAGAUGACUAAUCAUAUCAUGGCCACAAGGAUGAAUUGCUUGAUAAGUGUCCAUUAACUCAAGAGCACGUAGAGCAAUUACGGUACGCUCCUGUUGAUGUGCAUUUUUGUUCUGAAAUGAAUUGAAUUUUGUAAAAGUUGAAGCUAGUUGGUUCACAUCGAGGAAUCCAAUAUCGAAUUUAUCCAGAGUUAGUGGCAUUGUAUUUGAUCGUGUGUGGUUGAUUCGUU